UGACUUGGUUCGCUACUCUCGAGGUCUCUGUCUCUGAAACAGUGCCAGGGAUGAAUGGAAUAUAAAUAUUAACACGGGGCGCAUCAGCCUGCACUGUCCAUGGAGAUCAAACACGAAUACGAACUUGCAAGUUGCCGCUUCUCUUCUCUCUUUCUCUUUGCCUAAUUGCAACCUUUUCGUUGUUCUGAAGCUUCUCGAAUAGCACACUUACUCUUGAAGUUAUUCGCCCAGCGAUGGGGGGUGGAUGUUGACUGUUUGAGUGAAAGUUCAUUGGCGGUGUUGGCAGGGAUCCGGCGGCUAUCAAUAUGAUGAACGAGGGUUCGUUUGCGAACGGGAACGCCAAUACGGCAUCGUAUAACUUGGCCGAGAUCUGGCAGUUCCCCAUGAACGGCGGUGCGGGUCUCGGGGAGUCUGGAGGAGGGUUGGCCUUGAGGAGGCCGCAGUUCGGACAAAAUUUGGGGCUGUUUGGCGAGUUUACAUCGGGUUCGAACCCGAAUGGCCCGGGUAUUGACCCGAGCUGUUCGGACCAGGGAGCGAACGGGGUCAAUAGGAAGAAGCGCGAUUCCGAGGAUGAAUCGGUGAAAGGCGUCUCCACCACGAGCAACGGUGGCAUUGGCAAUAGCAAUGGCGUGAAUGAUGGUGAUGGAAAACGGCUUAAAGUAUCUAGGAAUAGGAAUGAGAGCCCUGAAACUAAAGCUGAAACAGAAACCAGUUCAGAAAAGCCAGCGGAGCAAAGUACUCAGCCAGCUUCGGAGCCUCCUAAGCCGGCUUACAUCCAUGUACGGGCGAGAAGGGGUCAAGCUACUGAUAGUCACAGUCUAGCGGAAAGAGCGAGGAGGGAAAAGAUAAGUGAGAGGAUGAAAAUUCUUCAGGAGUUAGUUCCUGGUUGUAACAAGGUUAUUGGGAAAGCGUUGGUCCUCGAUGAGAUAAUAAAUUACAUUCAGUCGCUAGAGCGCCAAGUUGAGUUCUUGUCAAUGAAGCUUGAAGCCGUAAAUUCAAGUGUGAACCCAGGUGGCAUUGAAAUUUUUCCUCCUAAAGAUUUUGGUCAACAAGCAGUUGACAUGGUAAUUGGUUCUCAAGCCCCGCGAGAUCAGUUCACCCGGGGUUCGUCACCGGAGUGGUUACACAUGCAGGUGGGCGGCGGAUUUGAAAGAACAACAUGAUUCCAUAAAUCCUUGAAUCUGGUAAUAA